AUGAAGAUUAAACACGAAGAGGAUUUCAUGCUGUAUUUAGAGUAUAAGCUAAUAUACUUGUUUGACAGUAGGAAUUCUAAGUUGCCUAUAAAAGGUGUUGGUCCUCCAAAUAUACAUGCAGUGGGAAUAAUAGCUGCUAUAAGUGAUUCUGUUAGACACUUAAAAGUUGGCACUCCCACGGCAAUUAUGACAUAUGGAAGCCAUGCUGAAUUCACAUUGGUAGCCUCAAAACAUAUCCUUCCCGUGGUAAAACCAGAUCCAGAAGUUGUUGCCAUGCUCAAAUCUGAACUAACAACAUCCAUAGCUCUAGAAAAAAUAUUAGAGAAGGCAAAGACUUUAGAAUUAGAAUUCUGGGCUGAAGAGGAAAAGGAGAAGUAA